AUGCCAGUGACUACUCGAUCAGGAGCCGGGGAAACCGACGAUGACGAAAUCCAACUGAUUAAGAAGACGUUCGGCUGGCGAGAAGGGCGCAAUUUCCCUUCCGACUGGGAGAAUGAGUUCUCCAUCGAUUCCACGUCUGGUAUCAUCAGCAAGGAAUCAUUCGUUGGAAAAGCCAUACGUGCACUGCUUGAUGACCUAAGUUACAUUACAACGAACAAGCAAGGAGAUUUUGUGGUUCCGCAGGAAAAGCGUGAAGUUUUAUUCAACUCCCUCGAUAAAUACUGGCAGAAGAAAUAUCCAAAAAUCGAUGAGUGGAUAAAGACGAAUUUCAAGGGCGGCGUAAUAGAUAUAGGGAAUACCCUCCAACUAGUACUGAAUACCACCAACCCGGAUAACCUUGGCAAUGCUGGCAACCGGUAUUUAUGGGAAGCCCGUGAGCGCUUCUUGAAAUCCCCCGACGAUGGGGACCACGCAAAGUGCACAUGCGCUGUACACUUGGAUUCUGAAAUAAGAGCCAUAUGGGAAGGUUUAGGAGAACCCGUCAGAGAAGCGCUCCAGGAGCUAUUUGGCAUCGAUCGAUCUGGAAACGUUAUCAGCAUCUUGACAAAUUCCGGACAAUGCACGUUCGAGGUGGAUCACAUAUUCCCGCGAAGCCGCGGGGGACGGUUGAAAGCACAUAAGGAGUUCGAGCAGCACAUUGGAUCCAAUGAACAGGAGCAGUGCAAUGGUCAAGUUCUACAAUGGAAUGCAAACAAGCAAAAAACAGAUAAUUUCUAUUGGAUACUGAACCCCCGCGACAAGCGCUUUCAGACAAACAAAGUUGAAGAUUUUCUUCGUCAACUUUGGAAACCCAAAGAAAUCGAUCUGUUUACCUGGGAGCAACUCGGAUGUCCGGUAGCUAAACUAGAAUUUGCAAGAGAAGAUUAUAAAUUUCCUUCGAAUGGGGAAGAGAAAGAGAAACGUAGGCACCAGGACAAAUGUUUCACGGCCUUUUGUUCAUAUUUACAAGAUCGAAAGAAGGAUGAACAAGAAGAGUUGUUUAAAAGUCAACUGAAGGAUCGAAAUAUACCUUCACGUGCGCAAUUACUAGCUGCAGAGAAGCGAGCAGAGGAAGCAGAACAAAAGAUUACUGAUUUGCUCAAAGCUCUUGCCCUAGAGAAAGAGAAAACAGACAAGGCAGUGAAGCGAGCAGUAGAAGCAGAGGAGCGAAUAAUCCUGUUGGAGAACAUAUCAAAUCCAAGGUUACCUCCACUUCCAUCCCGUCAACGACAAAACCCGAGAGUAUUCUUUGAUAUCGCCGUGGAUAACGACACUAUUGGUCGUAUUAUUAUGGAGCUCCGUGCCGACGUUGUUCCUAAAACAGUUGAAAACUUCCGUGCCCUCUGCACGGGGGAGAAAGGUUUUGGGUACGCAAACUCGAUCUUCCAUCGCAUCAUCCCAAAAUUUAUGUGCCAAGGCGGUGAUAUUACACGAGGCGAUGGCAGCGGAGGAAUAUCUAUUUACGGGGGGAAAUUUGACGAUGAGAACUUUAACCUAAAGCAUUCUGGAGAGGGAACUCUCUCCAUGGCUACUGCUGGGCCAGGAACGAACGGAUCCCAGUUUUUCAUCUGCACAGUACCUACUCCUUGGUUGGAUGGUAAGCAUGUUGUCUUUGGGCGAGUCGUGGAUGGGUUUAGCGUCAUGCAAAGGAUGGAGACAUAUGGAACACCUUCCGGGCGGACGACUCGAAAGGUUUCGAUCGUUCGAUCUGGGCAGCUGUAA